AUGCCAAACGCCGAGCUGUCGGAUCGGCAGUGCGACCAUUGUGGAGUGCUUGGGGCGCUGUUGCAAUGUGGCAGCUGCAAGCAGGUGGCCUACUGCAAUUUCAAGUGCCAGAGGGUUGCUUGGAAGGAGCACAAACGUCGCUGCGGCCUACCAGCUCCCCCAGCGCCGGCACCGGUGCCCAGCUGGGCGGAGCACCAGGCCGCCGGAGCGCGCGGGCAGCUGCCGCGGCCGAAGAUGGGAAUCCAAGGUGCCCAACCAGCCAAGAUCGAGGAUUUCUUUGAUCGAGAUGAUUUGGACUGCGGUUUGGCCCCUCUUCGGGACAAAAAGACCGAGACCACCAGCAGUCGGCGCCCGUCAGGGCGCGAAGAUCGGUUGAACUACAGCAAGUGGGACAACCUGGCAGACAGCGACGAGGACUCCAAGGACUCCAAGCUCCGCAGGGCGCCGAAGCCUGGGACAACCCCGGCGCAGUCCGCGGCUUCGGCGAAGCCGCCCUUGUUCGGGCAAGCCAUGGGGAUGGCGCCUGCGCGUCAGGCCACCAAACCCGACACCCGAACGGCGGCCGAGAAGCGCGAGGAAGCGGAGAAAUUGCUGCAUCAGGUGGCCGGAGAAGUCCUCUACCAGGCAGGCUUCAUGGGCCACGGGAGUGUAUGGGAGCUCGGCCCGGCGGCCGAGAAGGUUGCGCGGAAGUGUUUAAGGCUACUGGAUUCGAAAGUGCUUCCGGUGCUUCCGAACGACCAACUCGCCAAGUUCCUCCACGGCUCUGCGAACUUCUUUCUGAGGCGCACCAUGAGCUGCUCAGAUGCCGAGAAGCACAGCUUUGCUGCCGAGGCCAAGGCCCUGCUGCUGGAAGUCUACAGAGAUCAUGAGCUCAGUGAGGAGUAUCGUGAGAAUGCCUGUGACUUUUUGGCUGCCCUCUUGCAUGAGGAGGGCAAGCCGCAGCAGGCUGAAGAUGUCUUGAAGGGCCUGAACCUCAACUCCAAGGAGAACGUCCCCGUCACCGAUGCGGUCAGCGGCGUCUCGAACGGGUCCGGCCCCAACGGCGCCCAGAAGUACAAGGAGCCUCUGAGGCCUUCUUCCUCCAACGGCCAUGACGUCUGCCCUGGAAACACGGGCGAGACCAAGUGCAGCGACAAUGGGAAAUCCAACGACAAGGGUAUCCAGGGCUUCUCUGGCACCACUCGGCCUGCGACUGGAUCAUGGGCCUGGCGCCGGGGCCGCGAUGCACCGCUUCCCGCGCCAGAGCUGAAGACGGAAGUGAAACCGCCGGAAGUGAAGCCGGCGAAGGGGGAGGAGAAAGUGUACAUACCUUCCAUUGAUGACAUUUUGGCCAGAUUAGAUCAAGAAGAUGAAGAGGAGCAGGCAAUGCGCUGA